AUGAAACAAAACUUAUAACUUAUAUGGAUUGAUUCAAAAUUUAACAGUACACAUUAGCAAAGAUUAAGAACUAUUAUUAAUGAUUGUAGUUUCGUUCAUUCAACUGAUGAAGCUGUUUACAUUAUUCAUAAUAAAAAAUAUGGAGAUAAAUUUGUUGUCAUUGUAUCUAGUUCUUAAAUCUAUAAUUAAGAGGAAUAUUUGGACAGUAAUAAGAUUGUCUUCUGUGAAGAUUCUAACAAUCAUUUACAUAAGUUCUUAGAGAACAAUUAAUUAUUAGUUCUUGUUAAAUCAGAUAUUUUAGAACUAGAAUACUAUGUAAGUAAAAAUAUUGAAUUCUUAAAUGCUAAAGAAUCCUUGAAUUUAUCAUUUUGUAAAUAAGUUAAAGAAAAAAUGAAUUAUUAUCAUUAGAUUGAAGAAACAAGUUUUAGAUUCUUAUUGAUUAAUUAAAAAUUACAAUAAAAUUAUUUACUAUGUGAGAGUGAAUUAGAUAAUGAAAUUUUAAAUCUUACAUCAGAAAAAGAAUUAAAAUUAUUAAAAGAUUCUGUUCGUGAAAAAGAAGAAAAAAAAGGAGUUGUGUUUACUAUUUUUGAAAAAUUAAUAUAUUAUUAUACAAGAGAUGAACUUUAUAAGAAAUUGAAUUAUAAUUUAGCAGAAUCAAAUUAUGAAACAAUGAAACAAAUUAUGUGUAUAUUAUUUGAUGGUUUUUCAAAGUAAAUUCAUGAUAGUAAACCUCCAAAAAAAUUAUAUCGAGGAAUCAAUUUUUCAUCAUUGUUAAGAAAAAGUUAUCUCUAAACUUUGGAAGAUUUAAAUUAUUGUUACACACAUAAAAAAAGUAUGUUUUGGAACACUUUAACCAGUGCUUCAAUUGAUUUUGCUACAGCAGAAAAAUUCUCAAAGGGAGAUUGUAAAAUAAUAUUUGAAAUUUCAUUAAGUGAAAACAAUCCACAUCCCUUUUUGAAACUUGAUGAAUAUCAAUCGGAAUAUCAAAAUGAAGAAGAAGUAAUCUUAUUUCCUUAAUUUGAAUUUCAUAUUGUAGAGUACAGAAAUGAAAAUGGAAUUUAAUAUUUUUUUAUUAAAUAAGUUGACAAUAAUUUUUCAAUGGCCUUAGAUAAGAAUAAAAGAGAAUAAUAUUGGUUAAAUAGAAUCAAUAAUGAACUCAAACCAAAAUUGAAAAUAAUCAAUGCUUUUUAUCAAAAUAGAAUUAAUUACAUUAUUAAAAAUGUCAGAAAUUUUCCUCCUGAAGUUGGAGAUGUAAGAUAUUAAUUAAAAAAUAACAUAGAUGACUAUUUUUAUAAGUUAGUGUAAUACCUUUCAUAAUUUUAUUAAAAUUAUGAACCUCAUAAAGAAUACCUGUACAAUUUAUUAGAUGUAUGUAUCUAAGAUAUCAAAUUUGAAUUUAUUAUAACAGAUGAUUUUUUAUUAAAGUUGAGUGAAUUUAUUGAAAGUGUCUCAGAACUUUUAAUCAAUUAAUUUAUAAAAAUAAUACAACAAAUAUUUAAUCUUGAAGAUUUUAAGGGUGUUUUAAUAAAGAUAUGGUCUUAAUACUAUCACUAAUAGAAUUAUUCUCUUUUUAAUUAUAAUUUAUAAAAUCUUUCAUUAAGGACACCAAGUUUUAGAACUAAAUUAUAAAAUUGGAGAUAAUUGCAGAUGGAGGAAAUCAAAACAAUUUAAGUAGUCAAAUAUUCAACUACUGAAAAAAUGGGAUAUGAAUUAACUUUGAACGAUGGGAAUAAAGUUUUUAGUCUAUAUAUCUGCAGAUAACGUCCCUACAUUCAUAAAAAAAAUUGAUGGAUCAGCAUCAUUUGGUUAUUCAGACAAAUGGUAAGGUUAGGGAAAAUCUAUAAAAACAACAGGUCUGAAAGUUGGAGAUGUUUAAAAGGAUAUAAAAGUUGAUUUAGCAAAUGGUAACUAUAAUCUUAAGAAUUUUUCAAAAAACAAAGUAAAAUUCAUUGAGGAACAUAUUGGAUAAUUUGGUUAAGUGGGUGGAAUGAUAGGAACAACUUUAGUUGAAGUUUAUUGUGGUCAGCUAAAUAAAGUUUCACUAGAUUUAAAUGGAGUUGUUACGAUAGUUUCUUUCUAUAGUCCAAUUUUACCUAUGGUAAUAUCAGGGGGAUGUUUAAUAAAAGAGACAUUAGAUCAAUAUAAGAAUUUAAAAUCUACAUUUAAGGCUACUGUUCAAUUAGGAAAAAUGAUAAUUAAAACUGCCAGAAAUGUAACAAUACUUUAAUCAGCUACCUAUUUUGGGACGUUAUUUGGAUCCCCAUUAGGUCCAAUUGGAAGUGCUAGUGGUGCAUUGAUUGGAGGAAUCAUAGGAGGAGCAGCGAUAGGAUUUAUAGAUAUGUAUGGUUAAUUAGCAUAAUUCAAAAUAUAAGUUUCAAUUGGUAAAAGAAAUAAAAGUAUCUAAAAAAACGGAUUGUUAGAAAACCCUGGAGUAAACCCAAGAGUCGAAUUCUCAAAAUUAGGAAAAUAAGUGAAAAGUUUAAUCUUAAUAGCUCUCUCAGAUACUAGGGUUAUAUGGUUAGCUAUAAAUAUCCCAAAAGAUUAAAAGAUUAUAACAGAAAACCAUAAAUAUGGUAAGAUUUCAAUAAGAUAUCCGUAUAUAGGACCAUACGAUCAUGAAUCUAAAGUCAUAUUUUAUUCUUUUGGAGUAAAGGAUGAAAAUCUAAAUGAAAAUACAGUUAUAGAUGAAUUAAAUAAUAAAACUCUUCAUUUAGUUUGUUUUGCUAAAAAGACGAUAAAAUUAUGA